AAAAAUAAAUAAUGUAAUAUGGCAACGCUGACCCUGCUCAUAUGGCGGCGUUCAUUUAAAAUACAACACAAGCCAUAAAGUUUCGGAUACUAAAGUAUGUCUCAACAAAUACGCGUUUUACAAUGUGUGGAGUGCAGUUUAUAUCAGGUGGACAUUGUCAAGAAGACAAACAAAUGGGAGUGUAAAGUUUGCCGCUUAAAACAGAUGGUACACAAGGAAUUCUUUCGCGGUUCCGGUGCUGAAUGCCGUGCAAAGGUGCAACACCUUAACCUGGAGCAUGGUCAAAAGCAACAAGCACAGGAAGAGCGUAAAAUAUUGGAGGCGCUUCAAAAUGUGGAGUGCGACAGUUCUUCGGCUGCGCAGCUGCCGCCAUCUCAUUGCAUUAAGGGUCCAAGCAAAUGGUCAGAUUAUGUUGAUGAACCCAUUGCCCAGAAUCGGAUUGGAUCGGAUCGGAUACAUGCCCAAGAAAAAGACUUUGAUGAGCCAGGUAAUAGUUCAUUACCCAAAAAGCAAUGUAAUUCCAGAAAGCGCACGGCUCAAAAUGAAUUCGUAGCUAAUCAAAAGGCAUCCUCAAAAUGGCAAAACUUUCUGUAGUUGGCUUAAAUAAAAAGGAACGUUCGUUUAAA